GAAAUGGUGAGCGACUGGCACGUGAUUGGUGCUGCCUUUCUUCACCUCUGCUUGAUAUGCCUAGUAGGUAUCUGCCUAUUCAAAAAUUACUACAGAAGAGAGCCACGUUUGCAACAUCAGUCGACCGACUGGUCCAUCAUCGCACCAUGCCGAUGCUGCUGGAUCCCAAAUUGCCUUGCGGCACAGAUGAUGCACGAUCUCCCGCCCGCCAGGAAAUGGAACAGCUGGUCUGUGGCUGUGUCGACGCUAAUUAAUGCUGGCUAGUUUCUGGUGCCGGCAGCCUCAAAAUCAGCCGCUCCACGAAGCCCCCAGUCAAAGAUGGAGCCAAAAAUGAAAGAAGGCAAAAAGCUGUUCCAAAUGAAUCGUUCACCAAUCGGCUACCUUUUCUUUCUCCCAGCAGGCUUGGCUCAGCCGCAGAUUUUACUACUGGUGCCUAGACCACUCCUGUUCUCAGGUACUAGCAGCAUCAGUGAUAGCGUUGUAUAUCCCCUGCCAAAGGAUUCGAGUUUGCUAGCCAAUGCUUCAGCUGCCGCAUAUAAGACGGCUGAUUAGU